AAACAUGGCGGACCCGUUGAGCCUGCUGCGACAGUUCAAUGUCAACAAAAAGGAUAUCGCUGAGAAGAACUCGCAAAUAAUCUUCGACGAGUACUCUUGGCCGAAGACCGUUAAGACCAACUACCUCGUGUGGGGGUCCGGAAAAGAUGGGGCACCUCGGGAGUACUACACGCUGCAGUGCUUGCUCUUUCUUCUCAGAAAUGUCCACUUGUCUCACCCGGUGUACGUACGACAAGCUGCGGCUGAAAACAUCCCUGUCGUUAGGCGUCCUGACAGAAAGGACAUCCUUGCCUACUUGAACGGGGAGACAGCCACCUCUGCCAAUAUCGACAAGAGCGCCCCCAUCGAGAUACCCACACAAGUGAAGAGAACAGCUGAGGAGCCCCAAAAUGAAGUGGUCAAGAAGCCACGUCUCGAGGAGACGCAAAUGCAGCGUGCCAAGGAGCAGUUUUCGGCUCGCUUGGAUGCUCCCAAGGAAGCACCUGUGGUCACUGAGCAGAUCAGGUCUCUGUCCGAGGCCAUGUCCGUGGAGAAAAUUGCAGCCAUCAAGGCCAAGCGCUUGGCAAAGAAGCGAGCCACCAUUAAAGGAGACGAUGACCUUGGCCUGGCUGACAUGCAGGGCAUCCUCGAAUACGAUGUGGACGUCACACGCGACAUCCUCAGUCGUGAGCGCCAGUGGCGCACGCGGGCCACCGUGCUCCAGAGUGCUGCAAAGAAUUUUGCCAAGUCCAUCUUCCCAAUCCUCCAGUCAAUCAAGAUGCGGGAGGAAGGUGUCACCACCAAGCAGGCACAACCUGAACCCAUUCUACCACCCAGGGCUACGCCAGUGCGUGCAGUGCCUCAGCCAGCCGUUUACAACCGAUACGAUCAGGAGCGUUUCAGGGGCAAAGAAGAGACGGAGGGCUUCAAAAUUGACACAAUGGGCACGUACCACGGCAUGAACCUCAAGUCAGUGACUGAGGGCAGCCAGCCCAAGCGGCCCGUCCCUGUGGCCACCCCGACACCUGUGGCCCCUGCCUCCGCCCCCGCCACCACAGCUGCACCUGUACCUCGGCCAAUGCCCAAGAGAGUGUCUCGGACACCCAUCAUCAUUAUUCCAGCAGCCACAACCUCACUCAUCACCAUGUACAAUGCCAAGGACAUCCUGCAAGACCUGAGGUUUGUCAGCACAGACGAAAAAAAGAGCCAGGGCUGCAAACGUGAGAAUGCAGUGCUGAUCCAACGGAGGCGCAACCGAGGAGCCACUGUCUCGUACCGGGUGAUUGACAAUCCCUCCACCUUGGCCGCUGAGGACUGGGAGCGAGUCGUGGCUGUUUUUGUACAAGGCCCAGCCUGGCAAUUCAAGGGUUGGCCCUGGGGAGGAAACCCUAUUGAAAUCUUCUCACGCAUCAAGGCAUUCCAUCUCAAGUGGGAUGAGAUCACACUGGACAGCAACGUGGCCAAAUGGGCUGUGCAUGUGAUUCAGCUGAGCAAGCAGAAGCGCCACCUUGACAGAGCCAACUUACUCAACUUUUGGGAGGUGCUCGACAGAGUCGAGUUUCAGCGUACAUGGACACAUGAUGCCGCAAGGAAUGCGUAGCAACCUUCCACAAGCCACCACCACCACAACCAAUACCACCACCUAUACUGGAGCUGAAGGCACCUUUACAUCUGCUAAAAUGGAUGCAGUGUUCAAGAACAACGGAGGUAGCCCUUCCGCAGACAGCCAAGCACUGCGCACCAGUAUGGGGCAUGUUUGACCACUGUGUGACCUCAUAGUCAUAUCUUCCUGACCCCUUCCAUGCCUUCCCAUCUGCUCGUUCUUUGGCAUGAAGACGUGUUUGUGCUUUUUUUUUUCCUUUUUUUUGUUUCCCUCCGGACUGAAACUGCUGUGCAUUGUUGUUGCGCUACCUGUUUGUGUACGUCAAGUAGUGCAGUGGCAUAGCUUCUGCUGGACCUUGAUCGUUCAGGCAGUUUGUGAGGAUUGACAGUGGCCACUUUCGUUUUGCUUACUAUUUGAAGGCCUGCUGCUCUUGUUGAAAUAUUUUGAGGUGUAUGAAGAGUCAGUGGCAUAGUACCAGUGUGUGGGGAAAGGGGUGGAGUGUUCGGUUUUUUAUUUUCCCCCGUCUGAUGAAUCACAAGCGAGUUGCAGUGAGCCUGUGGUGGAUGAGAGGUGUAACCUUCGGAUGAUGUCAUUGCUGUGGUUUUGGUGCAUCACUCUUGAGCUUGCGUCUUGCAUGUUUGCCGUUUCUCUAGUACAAAAGUAAGCGGGCCACUGAGGAACUGACUUUGUUUUUGCUGCAUGCACGAGUGUAAGGGGGCAGCAAUGCUAGAAGAGCAAGGUAGAAUGCCCCAUGACCAUUUUCAUCAUUGGAGCUUGAGAAGCGAUAAUGGACUGCUGCUUUUCUCUCCCAGGGGUGGACUGUGUUUUGCCAAGCUGCAAUGCAACUUGGCCUUCCUCACUGAACCAUUUUGUUAUGGCAACAUUGCUUUUUGUUUUGGUGAGAUGAUUUAAUGACAUUUGCUACUUGUAAAGUGGCUAUUCUACCUGCAUGAAUGAAAUAAAUCUGUUAGGCUCAAACUCUUAUGCCCCUCUUUCUUUCUGCUUUCUCUUUCUCUCUAACUGUUGACUCCUGCCACAUUCUACCCUCUUCCACAAUACUUUUGUCCAUUUACAUUGUAGCAAAUCAUCUGACAUUCAUAAAAUUGCACUGAUGUAAAAUAGAUUUCACUCUGUGGCAUUUUCAGCAGUAGUCAUCUUCAAGGUGUUCUUUUUCUGUCUCUCUCUCUCUCUCUCUCUCCUUCCACUGUGUUGUGAAGUAUCAUACGUACAGGAGUGACUCUUGAAAAGUAGAGCUUUGAAAAAAAAAAAAGGUUAUUUUGGCUUUGGACACUAUUCUCUCCACGACUCUUUAACGUAACUUUUUUGUUUUCUCUCUAUUAGAGCUCUGUACAUUUUUUUUAAGCGAUGGGCUUAUAGUGUAUCAUAUUACAGAAGUUACAAAACGCAUGCUGUGUCUGCCUUGUUUAAUGUCCUGUCUAUAAGACAUGUGGUAGUUUAUUGCUGUGUGUGUGUGAGAAAGGGGAAAUGAGUGUUUAUCACUGUGUUGUGUAAAUAUAGUUCAUUUUAGAGAGCACACCAGUGGUCACUGAUGAGUAGCUGCAUGUUGACACACUGUAAUUCGUUCAUCAUUUAACUUGUGCCAGCUCGAUGCAGCAGAACCCCAGGGACAUACAGCAAAUUCUCACUGUUUUGCAUUGCAGAUCCAAGUAGACACUGCUUCAGUUUUGUGCAGAUGCACGUUGAAAGAAGCUGUUGGCCCUGUAGAGGCUAAUGUGUGUAUUUGUCAAGAAUAUGGUUCUUACCACUUGUGUAUCAUUAAUUUUGAAAAUUGAUGCCUUGAUGCUGUCGGGAAAAACUGGAGCACUCCUUAAUUGUGGCAACUGCUUCAGGUGUUCGGCUGCUUCAUGUUGAUUCUUGAAGUGAUAUCCGAGUAUCAGAAUUGUCAUUUGAAAUGUGCACAGCGGGGAGUGAAUGGUAAGAUGUUUUAUUUGCUUAUUAUUGCUGGGCCUGUUUCAUAAAGACAUAUUUGGUCUUUUAAAACCAUCUUCACAAAUGGCACACUCUUAUAUGUACAUACAGGGCACACGUACCAAUAGUGUAGUCCUAUCGGGACAGCAAGGAAAUCAUGUACGCUCAGGGCCAACGUCCUUUACAAAAUACAGAACAUGUGAUGCUGUGAAUGUUGAGCAGUUUCUUGUGCACAUUACAAUUGGAGUUUUAGAAUGUUAGUUUUCUGUUUGUUGACACAUCUCCUCACUUCAGCAUCUGAUAUAUGAGUGUAAAAACACCAUGAGUACCAUGCACUCUUGUGGUGCGUGCAAGGUGACUAAUGUGCACAGCUGCUUUUUUUUCACCUGUGUUUUCUCUUCUGUGAGGGCAGCCUCGUGCCUGUUGGCAUGUCUGUCAUGAGGGUCGAAUUUAUUUUGUACAUAAUUAUACCAGUAGAAUUCUGAUGCCUGCAGCCUGUCUGCUGCUUGCCUCAGUUCUUCUGUUUGGGAGUUCAUUAGUUGUGGCUUUAUGUUAACCCAUUAACUCCCAAGCUGCCCUUGACUUUGUGUACCUUGUACUGGUGUUGCAGGAUGCACUUCCCACAUGUCCAGGCCACAGCUCUUCAGCUUUGCUUGCCAGUAAGCAACCGCAGUUGCCAGGCUUAUUCAUAUUGUUCAGUUUAGCCAUGGGGAGGGGGGGGAGCACGAAUAUAUUGCGGAGUCAUUGGACACAUGUUAAUACUGGAAACAGUGACAUAAUAAAGUUCAGCACACAAAGUAAGUGGUGCUGCAAUACUGAUAUUGUAGAACUGUGAUUAUUAGAAAAACCUUCCUACACCUGAGCAGGUGUGUCACAGAAGUGCUAAGUGUCCUCAUGCCUAUUUUCUACUGAUACUGAACAGUGCAUCCAGCUUGGUGUGUUACCUCGUAUAAGGCAGUUCCCAGCUUGACUGAGCACAUGGAUUCUUGAAGCAAGGGGUUGCUUUGUGGUUCUUGAAACAAGGAUGCUUGGUGGGUGCUCUUCCAUUUCCAUUUCUGGCUCUCUCUAUCCUUAUGUUAUAUGACUAUGAUGCAAAAACUUGUACAUUGGUGGAAAUUCCUCCCUCCUCUGUUUGGGACAGCAUCCCUAUCCUUAAUUUUCAGUCAUUGUUAUCAGCUUACAAGGCACCUCAUCAGGAACCAUGAGCAAUAUUUUUAUACCCUACAAGCUGUAUAGCGCCAUCCACGGAGCGUUUUAUCGUAAUAAGUUUUUUUCAAAAAGGGUUCACUGAGUCCUGAGAUAGAAGCAAAUAAAAUGUUAAAUGCAGUGUUGGAGGAGCUGAUCGACUCUCUCCAGAAUAGAGGCUUGGCUUUCUAUCGUUGCCUUGUCCAGUGAGUGGCAUUCCUCUCCUGACUGCUUGUGCAUUGAAGCCAAAGGCCAACUCUUAUUCUUUUGACACAAUUCAUUCCCCUGCAACCUCCACUUCGAUUCUUUUAUAGCGAAUAGCUUUCUUUAUUUCUUUUGGCCGUUUUCCUGGUUGAUGCUUGGUGGUUGCGCUCACGACCGAUUCAAAGGCACCGAUGCAAAGGGCGCAUGCUCUCACGCAACCAAGUUGUAGGGUGCAUUUGUCGCCGAAUGACAACUAGCUCUGUGAGACAAGCAUGCUGUCACGAGAGAGCUUUGAGGCAUCGUUUAGGUGCUGUGGUACAGCCUUCCUGUACUCCUGCCAGUCUCAUCCUUGUGGCAUCUGGCAGCUAUGGAGAACUCCAUGGCAGGAGAGCAGUGUGGCAGUUCACUUCCACACUGGUGCUCGCACAGCUCAACAAACAUGACGAAUUGGCUUGUAUGUUGUAGCCACUUAUACUACUGCUGCAGAUUUGCUGGUUAACGGCUCACUUCUCUAAGGAAUUAAACAACGAAACAAUGAGCUUUACCUAAAUUUCCUCGCUAAUAAAUUUAUGCUUUCAAGUGCAUAUUUUUUUUUUAAAGUAAAUAGCUUGCUGGAAGCUUUUGGAUACUUGCUUACGUUAACAAUCAUCGUUGAUGGUUUCUGCAGAUAUUUAAAAAGUAUUUCUUUCUUUUACAGCAAAGCUGUUAGGGGAGUUUGCAACGGUUUUCUGUGGCAGCUAGUGGUGGCUGGAUUGGUGUAGAAUGUGGUAUGAAGUAGCAGCACAACCUGUGUUGCAUCCCCAAAGUGCCUGUAUGACUAGUCCGCUGGAACAUGCAGCUGAAUACCGGCAUCGGCAGUCAGCAUGGCAUGCAAGCACAUGCGCCUGAUUUAGUGGAGGGUAUACAAGCCGUAAGCUCAGAUAUAGCGAAGCAUUUAAAAAGACUCUGGUACGGCAAAGUAUAUUCACCGGUACAGUAGAGUUCUCUUAAUUUGACUCCGGUUAAUUCAAUUCCGACCAAAGUUCCCGGCCGGCGCCCAUACGUUUCUAUGGGUGUAAACUUCCGUCCGAUUCAAAAUUGGCCCUCGCUGAAUACUUCGAACUUGACUAGUCAGCUUCGUCGCGGUGACUGAUGCGGUGAAGCAUACCAAGAAUGGAAAUGGGCCUUCGUCACGGGACCUAGCACGCGCUUCUUAAUUACACAGGCGCGCACGCACAGUCUCCGGUCACAGUACGAACAUCUAGACUCCUAUAAGCAUACUGGGAGCCACUCAGAGCUAUUUCUGACGUUGCUGUGGCGAUUUGAGCCCCUCGUUCCGCCCGUCAUGCUUGCCUCGUAUACGAGACCGUUAACGGGGCCUAGUAUGCAUUCCUUAAUUUUAUGGGCGCUCACCUGCCGUGUACCGAGAAGCGGAGAAAAACCAUAUGUUUUGGGAAAGCUAGCGAAAGGAAAGUAGUAAGAUGAAAAAAAAAUCCGAAAGGGGAAGUUUAAAGCCAACAAAAGAGCGGGGGUGUACCUAAAACUCUGAAGGUCUGCCUUUAAACUUACUAGGCGUCUCGGUGCUCGUACUGUGACCUGAGACUGCGCAUGUAUAGGUGUAAAAGUCGCCGCCCCAAGCACUCCGUACAGAUGGUUAACCAGCGAAGCUGAAACGUGCGGCCUCGGUGUUUAUCACUGGGUUAAUUUCGACGGUUCAUGAAACGAUGGCUUGGUAGGCUGCCGGAUCCUCGGUACGCAGUUGCUGCUUACGCUCCGCUGCACGAGCCUGUUCUUGUACCCGAGAUGCAGCAUCGGCACGGCGUAGACGAGCUCGUUCCCAAUUCUGCUCGCGGCGUUGCUGAUCGAAAGCUGGCUGCUCCUCAGGAGUACGUAUGACGCGUGGCCUACCCAUUUCGGAGCCGGAGAGAAACUGCUGCGCGCCCGCUUGGCUGCGACGGAGAGCAACGACGUCACUACAGGCGCAGCCAACCUCGCGUCUCUCUUUUUUUCGCGCAUGCGCAUGGGGUUUGUGCCGGAGGAGUUUUCGGCGUACAGGCGACAGACGGACAGACGAAUCGGAUAGCCAUAAAUAGCUUCGCUGUAAAAGGAACACGUGCUAUUAAAAUAAACAUCAUUCACCUCUUAGUAUGCUUCACCGCAUAACACGUUUGUAUUGCGGCGAAGCGAACUUAGACGAUUAUUGCCAAGCACGUUAAUGGCGUGCUUCGGCGCUUCCUGUUUUUUGCUUAAUUCGACCCGCCGGGUAAUUCGACCAGUUUCGUUGGUCCCGCCAGGAUCGAAUUAACGGAUAGUCGACUGUAUUAGUGAAGUGUUUGGAAAAAAGUUGGGUAGAUUUGUAAUAAACAUUCUUUUAAAGCGAAGCUUUCUUUGUCUUUUAUUUUUUUAUUGAUUGAUAUUUAUUACAUACAAAGGGUGUGCGAACUUCUUUAAAGAGCAGCUAGACGCAAAUGGUUGCAUUGGUCGAAAAGUUAGUUUUCUAUCAGUUGCUCGCAGCUUGACUUUUCAUUCUCAAAGCGGCUGAACAAAUCAGCUGCGCAGUGACAUUUGUGUAUGCUGACACUUAUUUUAUGUGACGAUAACAGUGCGAGCAGACAUGAAUGAUAGGAAAUGCGGGACAUUUUGGUGUGGUGAUGGCCAGGUCGUGCUGGCUGGUGUGACCAUUGGUCGCCUUGAGUUUCCCCUUGGUCACCAGUCACGGUCGGGGUGAAUGUGCCGGUGGGAAUGUGCUCUUACACAUCUUCUAUGUCUUUGAUGUCUGAGUUGCUCGGGUUCGCUUGGAUUUACACACAUCUGUGAAGUUUUUACCUUCUUUGUGAUGAUCAUCCAAUAAUUCAAUAAAUGGGCAAUUAGCUGGUCUCUAACUGUGUACACUAAGAGACUGGAUGUGGUACAAAUAUAAAAAAUUGGUUUCUGUAGCCAUCUGUACUAUACCUGCAGUUGUGCCUUUGACCAGCUCUGUUUUCUAUAGACGUGUAGUUAACAGUGAUGUUGCGCUUAUCUGAAUCACAUGGAACAGCUUGUUACGUGCGCUUUAAAAUGCAGGCGAAGUCCAAUGAUUUCGUCGAAGCACUCUAGCAGCUGUUGUGAGGAAUUACGUAAAGAAACAACAUACGAUAAGUAAAUAUUCUCACUGCUACAAAUAUACGCCUUCAAGUGCAUAUUCCUUUUAAGAAAGUGAAGCUUCCUUUGGUGAACCCUCCAGGACUUUGCUGACCAUGGCUGCCUUGCCGAAUAGCUCAACACAGGAUGGUACACAUAUAAUGAAUUCACUAAUAUAGCCAUCUGUACUACCCCUACAGUUGUGCUGGUGACCUGCUUUCUACUCAGCAGAAUUCCACAAACAUACAACAAACAGUAGCUAAAUAUUCCUGCUGCAACAAAUAUAUGCUUUCAACAUCAUGGUUCAUUCUUAAGGCAAAGCUCUCCUUGUGCUCCUCCCUUGGGUUUGCCUUGUCUGCUGGGUGGGUAUCUCGCCAGGUGAAGUGGGGCUCAUCCCGAAGACAGUACAAUGGUAAGCUGGGUUGACGCUGGAGACAGUAUAAUCUAUAGUCGAGUGGGUCAUGUGGUGAGCUUGUAUGGUGGAGUCUUCUGUAUAACCUCACACUUUUCCCAGAUGUGUCAUGCACUUGUCCGUGCUUCGUCGUUCAGGUGGUUGAUAUGUAAUCCUGCUCAUUGGAAUUUCAGCAGACUCAAAAUAUGUUAAUGCUGUCUUUGACAAUCAUUAUCGAUGGUUUAUAUACAUAUUUUUGUCUUUGUUUUUCUUGCUACACAGGGCAUUUCUACAGGCAAUUCUGCAUACUCUGCGUUUAACAAGAAUCCCCGAGUUCUGUGAGCCACUGCUGGCUAUUGUGGUUCACACUGCUGGCCAUUUGUGCCCCGCAGCGUGUAUCAUGCAGAAGCACCAUACAUGGGAUUUAGAAGCACUAUACAGGAUCCGCUGAUUUAAUACUUUGCAGGCACAAUCGUCAUCGCUUGAUCUAUGCUCCAUGCUUGUCUACUUGCAAUGCUCAAACCAGGUGUUUGGCCCUUUAAUCCUGCCGAAGGAGACCUUCCUGGGAUAUUUCCAGUUACACGUCUCCCGUCGACCAAAGUCAGCCUUUACCAGUGAAGUUUCUGUACUUUCUAGCUACUACCUCUGUCCACGGCCUCUGUCGAACUUCUUUUCCCUAGGUAUCCAUUAUUUUCCCUUUUGGCUGUUAUGUUUCAUGCAUUACUUGACCUACCCAACUUCACACCUUCGAAAGAAUUGAAACCUGGGCCAGUCGUUAUACAUUCAUCUUGAGGACCCAGCGCCAACAGAUGAGAGACAGUCGAAGAAAAGUCAGUGCCAAUGUUUGUCCUUUCUUCGAUCCUCAAUCUGGUGGUGCUUGGUCCUCAAGAUGAAUUCACACCUUCUUUUAAUCUUGAAUGUUCUGUCCCUAACCCUGUCGUAACCUCUCCAUCAUUUUUGUAUGUACGUCAGUGCGGGUCUGUGCAUGUUAUUCAAAUUACGAUAAUGCAGGCAACAGAGAAGUGAAAAUUAGGAAAAUUGCAUGUGUUGUCUGGGUGUGAAGGACGUGGGAGAUAAAAGGUUAACAUAAAAACACUUCAUUUGUUGUUCAUGUGUUUGAUUUUUGACAGCAGCUCUUAAUGUCAGUAAUAUUGUCCUUCAAAAGUAAGGCUCUUUGGGAGAUUUAUUUUGCUUCAUGUGCAUGUACUAAGCUUUUAUUAAAGAUCUGUUAUUAUUGAAAA